CAGCUACAAAUGACAGAAGGUAGGAGAGAACUGGAGCAGAAGCAACAUCUGCUCUGUGUAUCCUCUCUUGGAAGAUGAAGCUCCUCCUCCUCCUCCUCCUGCUGACUUUUCUUCUGUCUCAUGAGACUCGAGCUGAUGAGAUCAUUGGGGGCAAAGAAUCAAGGCCCCAUUCCCGUCCGUAUAUGGCUUUUCUGUCUAUCAAACGUAAUAAAUCAUGGUACAGCUGUGGUGGGUUCCUGAUUCGAAGAGACUUUGUGAUGACAGCAGCCCAUUGUGCAGGAGACUCCAUCAGAGUCAUCCUUGGAGCACAUAACAUCACAAACUCAGAAAGGACUUGGCAGGACAUUAAUGUCAAGCGUCAAAUUCAUCACCCAAAAUAUAAUGAGCAAAACCUUUUGAAUGACAUCAUGUUACUAAAGCUGGAAAAGAAAGCAAGUCUGACAGAAGCAGUGACUAUUCUCCCUCUGGGCUCAAGAUCCAAUUCUAUCUCACCUGGGCAAGAAUGUCUAGCAGUUGGCUGGGGAUGGACAGGACCAAGGGGUCCGCCAUCAGACACUUUACAGGAGGUGGAACUGACAGUAAUGAAUCGCAGUGAUUGCAAAGUUUUCAGAAAUUUUGAUGCGAGAUCCCAGUUGUGUGUAGGGAAUCCCAACUCAUGGAAAUCAGUAUUCUUUGGAGAUUCUGGAGGACCCCUUGUUUGUUCUGGUGUGGCCCAAGGAAUUGCCUCCUAUGCAAUGUUGAAUGCAAAACCACCUUCAGGCUUCACAAGAAUUGCUCAUUACCGCUCCUGGAUCAAUAAAAUCCUAAAAGCAAAUUAGCCCCUGUGGCCCUGGCUCAGCAAAAAGGAAUCUCCCUCCUAGGGCCCAGCAUCCUGUGACUAUCCCUCACAGUAGGACUGUCCCCCUGUCUGCCCAGCUUCAUCCAAGAGUCUAAGAUGUGUGGGGGAGAGGAGGAGGGUAAGGGUCGACUAUGACUGCAAUAAACCGAAGCAUCCAG